AUGCGUCCUGAAACGCAGAGCGGCUGGGGCGGUUACACCGACAGCGCAGAGACGCGGAUUCAUCUUGGCAGCAGCGGUGCGGACCUCUACACAGGCAGCAGCCAAAGCAUCUCUCAACCCUACACACGGAGUCAGAGUCCCGAUACCGGCAGUGCAUGCUGGAACCUGCAGGGCAGUAUUGGGACAUAUGGGAAGGGUCACGCCAGGAGGGGCACGGCUGUUGAUGUGAGUCCACCACCUCGGCUGCCUCUCAGCCUUCCCUUAAAUGGCGUCGGUCUCGGCGUUGGGCCACGGAGGGGUUAUGCUGGUCACGAGUACGAGGAAUCGUACGACAACGAGUACGAAGAAGAUGCUGAUAGAGGCAGUUAUGAAGACGAAGAUGAGUGGGAGGGUAAUGAAGAGUGCGAUAACGGGAGGUGCGCGUAUGAGCACCAUCACAAUGACGACAGCGAGGCGAGCGAAGGUAGCUCAGCUAGAAAUGGCGCAGCCACAUCAGGAAUGUGUUCUCAAGGUGCUCGUGACCUCGGCUUAGAUUUCGAGGCGAGCAGGGCUCCACAAACUGCUGAUGCCCAACCCAAUUGUGGAUUCGGCUUCCCAGCAGCGAAGUUGGCUCGGCUCAAUGUGCUCGGGCAUGGCAGUACACGCUUUGCUUUGUGUGCUGCUGCUGCGGCUGCAUCUGCCACGAAGGCUGCACCGGUAACGACAAGUACGUUCCGGCGUUGCACACCGGUGGCUCGUGUUGCUUACAGUGUCGGGUAUGACCCCGCGGCUGGCGAGUCAUCUGAGGAUCUGCCCAGCGCGUCGGAGCCGCGUGAUGAGGGUGUCGUUGUAUCGUUGGCCACCGCUGAGGCGGCUAACUCAUUUGAGCAAACGUCGCUCCCAUUCACCGCCGCGAAUAUAUUCAACACUGCGACACAGGGAAGCCCUGACAUGACCAUGGCGGCACGGCCGAUUCACAACAACAUGCGCGACACCCCUCCCAAACCUUCAGCUGACGCUUGCCACACGUCAACAGCAUCGAUUGCGCGCUCUGUGGUCGCUAGUCGUGCCGCUGUGAAGCGCAGCUAUCAUAGCUGCAGUGCGCUCACUUCCGUCGCACAAACCUCCGGGUCCCCGCCAGCGCAUGGGGAUGCAAAGAAGAGCCCCAAAGAGCCCCUGCAGAGCACUCCCGAUCACCGACAUGAAUCGAUGUCGUCUUCGCCGCUCUCGCCACAGCGCCCCACAAUCGGGGCGAAGGAUGACAUGUAUGACCACAGCAGUAAUGACGACGCUUCGUCAACGGGUUCUGCUAGCACAGCCAUAUCCCCGGUGCUGGCAGUAGGCAAAGGCGACGAUGCACGGAGCUGCGGCAACGUGGGAGGGUCGGAGCUGCCUGCGCCGACAGAGCCGACAAAGUCGCCUGAUGCCGCCCACGUUGUACCGUCGCCGAUGAUGGGGAGCGCAACUUUCAUUUCAGGAAAGCCAAACCUACUGCGUGUCUCUGGUCUCAGUCGGUUCGUGGCGGACUUUCUGGCGAGGUGGAAGUAUUCUAUGACCGAGGUGGAUACGGCGAACUCGGCAUGUGAACGGGAGGGAUAUGCGCGGUCACCCUCCAACAGGGUAGUGUUACCGGCGCUUGGCAUUUCAUCCCCAGCAGUGGCCCCUCUUCUAGAGAGGGAGAGUCCUUUGGUGGGUCUCCGUAGCCGAGAAAAGAUGGAGGAAGUCGACGAGGCAGUAAAGGACUUGGCUGCCAUGGAACACAGAGGAAUGCAGAGUUCGCCUGCGAAGUCCGACGCGCCACCAGUGUAUGCACCGAAUGUGGUGCUCAACAUCUCAGUCACUACCGUGUUCAACUACUCCGAGGCAGAAAAGUUGUGGCUUUUACGUGGCAAGCCGAGUACCCCCCCAGCACGUGCGACGCAGAGGUUGACGUCUGUGACUGGCAGCGCGGUGCCACCAUCAACUGCCGGGGUUUUGGACAGAGUGCUGCGGCCUCCGUCUGCUUCUUCUGUGAAGGUGUCGCUCUACUGUCGUCCGCUGCUGGUUCAGCUGCCAAACCCCUCACUGCACGCAUGUGUUCUCUGUGCCGCUGGCAACAGUGCUCUAGUGAGAGUGGCACUCACGCUGCUCUAUUGCGUGCCUCGCUCCCUGGUGCUGACUCUGCCAUGGGUGCUUAUUCGUUUCACAGUGGUGCUGGUUGCAGCACUGGUUGCGAUGGAUGCUGCAUGGUGUCGGUGGCCAAAUCUGAGUGUCUACACGGCGGAGUUUCAAGUCAACGCUACAAUGAUGAUUCUCUCUGUUCGCGAAUGGCUUCUCUCCUCCCUGGGCGCUGACAGCGGAUGA